AUGACGGCUCCUCUGACUCCCAGCGAUAUCGAAAUCGCCACAAGAGCCGCCGACCACUUCACCCGCAUCUAUUACACCGCGUAUGACUCCGACACCCGCCUCGCCGAUCUCCCCCACUUCUACCGCCCCAACUCUUCCCUCACAUGGAAUGGCAAGCCCUUCCAGGGUGCAGAGGGUCUCACGCAACUCGUGUCCAAGAUGCCCGCAACCAAGCAUGAAGUGCAAUCCUUCGAUUGUCACCCUAUACCAGGCGCACAACCUCCAUCCCUAUUGAUCACAGUCUCCGGCAGCGUCACCCAUGGACGCGGUCCAGCAGGCAAUCCGCCAGAUACCCACCAGCGCAAUCCUGAGGGUCACCCACGCGUCUUUUCUCAAACCUUCAUCCUCGUUCCCGAUCCAACUGCCCCGCCGACAAAGCCUGGAGAGGUUGCGAAAUACUACGUUGGCGCCGACGCCCUUCGCUUUGUUGGAUAA